ACCCUCGAACUGGUUUUCGCUUGCUCUAAACCUCCGAGAAUAACCACCUCCCAAAGAUAUACCAUUUUUAACGAUCUUCUCUCUCUUUCUCUCCAUAUUGUUCCUCUCUCUGGACUCCCCGAAUGUAAUGAAGGAUUAUAGGUGGUCUGGGUCUUAACGAGGUUGGGAGUUAAGAGUUUCGGGAAAUCUGAGAAGAUCCAGGACGCCUUAACCAUGUCUGUUGAAGAGAUAAACAGAGGCGAAACAGAGGAAAACCCAGAAAUAGAAACAGAGCAAGAGCCAGAGCCCGAGCCAGAGCCAGAACAAGAACCAAAUGUUGCUAUAAAAAAGUUGGAACUUUCAGACGACGACGACACGUCCCCAAGAGGCGUUCUGGAAAUCCCUGUUCUGGGCACACCGGACUCGGACCACAGCGGGAGCAGCAGCUUCAGCUCGUCGUGUGUCUCUCCGCCGCAAAAACCGACGGUGACUCCUCAACUCCGAGAGAGCCAUAGUGGGUCGCACUGGAAGUCAGUGAUCGAGGCCUUGAAGAAGAAAUCGAGGAGGAGAUUCUCGACCAUCCCGUCGCUGGGUUCGAGCUACGACGUUUCGAAGAAGAACCUGAAAUGGAAGUUGGCUCGGAUUCGGUGCGCCGAGGAAGGAAUUGAUUACGAAGGGGUUUCGAUGCCCAAGCCGUCGUGGAGGAACUUUGACUAUGCCGAGCUCUCGGCUGCUACUGAUAAUUUCAGUCCUGAGAACUUGAUUGGGAAAGGCGGGCAUGCAGAGGUGUACAAAGGAUGCUUGUCCGAUGGUCAAGUUGUAGCAGUAAAAAGGAUAACAAAAAAGGAGAAGAAAGAUGAGGAUAGAAUUAGCGAUUUCUUGUCAGAGCUUGGGAUUAUUGCACACAUAAACCACCCCAAUGCUGCUCGAUUGCUUGGUUUUGGUAUUGAUGGUGGUCUGCACCUUGUCCUUCAAUUCUCCCCGCAUGGGAGCCUUUCUUCUCUGCUAUUUGGUUCAUCUGAGUGUCUGGAGUGGAAGAUAAGGUUUAAGGUGGCUGCAGGGGUAGCGGAAGGAUUGCAAUAUCUCCAUCACAAGUGCCACAGGCGUAUCAUUCACAGAGACAUCAAAGCCUCUAAUAUAUUACUCACCCAAGAUUACGAUGCUCAGAUUUCUGAUUUUGGACUCGCAAAGUGGCUGCCGGAAAAAUGGGCUCACCACGUUGUCUUCCCUAUAGAGGGCACAUUCGGGUAUUUGGCUCCUGAAUAUUUCAUGCAUGGAAUUGUUGAUGAGAAAACCGAUGUAUUUGCCUUUGGGGUUUUGUUGCUGGAGCUCAUAACUGGUCGCCGUGCUGUUGAUUCAAGCCGACAAAGCCUUGUCAUCUGGGCAAAACCAUUACUGGACACGAGUAGUGUUAAGGAACUAGCAGAUCCUCGACUAGAACAUGCUUACGAUCCUGGUGAGAUGAGACGUGCCAUGUACACGGCUUCAGUGUGCAUCCACCAUUUACCCGGCAUGCGUCCACAAAUGAACCGGGUUGUGCAGUUACUAAAGGCGGAGGGCGGACCGCUCGAACAGAAUCAAAAGUCGUUGUCGACGGCAUCGAGAUCUCUCCUUUUCAAUGCUUGUGACCUGGAAGACUAUACUUGCUCGAACUAUCUCAAUGACCUCAAUCGUCACAGGCAACUUGUGAUGGAAUAAUCCUCAACAUCUGCCCUAGAGUGUUCCCUUAAUUAUUGCUUACUUGUCUGUGUGAAUGUUGUAAAUUGGUAUGGCCCUGCAGUUUUAUAUGUGGGUGAAGCCGGAAGUUUCACCAGCUAGUGUAUUUCCUCAGCUGAUCUCUCAACAUGAUGUAGCUUUCUUGUCACUUGUCUGUCCUUAACUUAUAGAGCAUAGUAGUGAAGAGCGGCGUAUUUAAAAUCGCCAAUCUAAUGGAAAACCUCUGCACAACCAACAAAAGACAAUUUGUGUAUAGGGUACUGUUUGUAUUGCAAUUUGCAAAGUUGGAAA